AUGGCGUUGUACGCCGUGUCGGAAGGCGUGGCGGCAGCUUUGGGCAUGCAGCUUUGGACCAUGUCUCGUCGUGGUGAGGACUUGUCACAAGCAGGACUGACUGCCUAUAUGUUUGACGUGAUUUACAUCACAUGGUUUGUGCACAUUACAACGGCGCUGUUGUCGCGCUACUUCUGGUGGACGUUUGCCUUGAUCCCCAUGUAUGCGUUGUAUCUCUUUUAUGCCAAGAUUUUGGAGCCAUUUGUGCUACGGGGUCGACGUAUGAAUCGUACGGCAGUCGCGGCACCGUCCAAGCAGGCAACUGACUCCACCACGGAGCCGGGUCUCAGUAAGCGUCAGGCCAAGUUGCAGGCGCGCCAAAAGCGAGGAACGCGUGUCCAAAUGCGCCGUGGCUAG